CUGUGACUGCGUCAGGGGUAAGACGCGUUGUCUCGGUCCUCCGCCUUACUGUAGGAAAAAUUGAUAGAUAAACAUCGACGUAACGAGAUAUGGGAUUUUUUACGGAUAUGGUGAGGAAUUAUAGACAAAAUGAAAUGCGUCGACAGAACACAAGUCGACAGUGUGUUAUGGUGGUCCAGUGGUGUAGUGAUGGUGUAGUGAUGGUGUAGGAGGGUUAAAUACAACCCUAAUACACCCUAAUACACCCUAAUACAGUCCUACACCGGUUAAGUUAAUGGAAAUACUUCAUCCUGGCGCCGAUUAGGAUUAAAUUCGUUAACCCACCAAGCCCAAAGGUCUCCAAAGGUGUGGGGGCAGGUGUGCAGCAUGGUGGAGGAGGAGGGAGGGGGUCUGCUCCACCCUCCCCCCAACUCUCUACCCCUCGCCUGGGUGAAACAACACCAACCAAAUUUAAUUUCUUUAAGAAGAUGAAAAGCAAACCGGGUGCCAGUGUCAAGAUAACAAAUAAGGGAACUACAAAAUCCGACAAACUUUCCAAAAAUAGCGACCUUACAAGCGAGACAACAACAAUGGCAAUGUUCCUUUGGCUAGAUGUCACUCCCACCCGAACCUACAGGCACCUUGUCACCCGGCAGACCCAUGCGCCCACCCUCCCCCUUCAUUGCGCCAGGAGUCAAGAGAAUCAAGACGAAAGAAGACGGAAAGAAAACACGCUUAAAAUAUGGGUCAUGGAAGCUAAAGGCAUCCCCAGCAAGAAGAAGUAUUACUGUAUUCUCAGCCUUAAUGAGGAGCUGUACCAUACGUGUUCGAAACAGAAUUCGAACAUGUGCUUUUGGGGUGAACACUUUGAGCUGAACCCGCCCUCAGAGGUGUCCAAGAUCUGUAUUGAACUUAUUAGAGAGGCGGAUAAGAAAACGACUCGCAAGAAGAUCGGGGCGGUGGAAAUUGAUCUUGAACCAUCUAGCCCCAGUCGAGUAAGUUUUGACGAGCAGUGGUACCAGCUGAGGGUAGAAGGGAAGGAAAGAGAACCACCAGCUCUCAGAAUUAAGCACAGAUUCCAAUCAGUCGACAUCUUGCCACUGUCCCAAUAUGGAGACUUCCGCCAGUACCUCAAGGAAAACUCCAUAUCACUCUGUCAGCUGCUAGAACCGGUUGUGCCCGUCAAAGUCAAGGAAGAGAUUAGGAACAUCCUCAUCAACAUCAUGCAAGCGGAGAACUGUGCCAUACCCUUCCUGGUAGAUCUUGUGACCGCUGAUAUCCAGAGAAAGUCCGAGAGCGAACACCUUCGUGGGAACAGCGUCGCCACAAAGGCUAUUGAAGCUUACAUGAAACUUGUAGGUGAACAGUACCUCCACGACACCUUAGGAGAUCCCAUCUGUGAGCUCAUCACUCUCGGGGAAGACCUGGAAGUGGAUCCUCUACGCAACACCGACGACCAAUCCAAACUCGCCCGACAAAAGGCUUUAAAAGAUCGAGUCUCUGUGAUAUGGGAGAGAAUUCUUCGGUCCGAUCGAUCUUUUCCUGUGUAAGUUUUGUCCUGAUUGGUUUAUUUUUGUUUGUUUU